AGAACUAUUUUUUAUCGACACCCAUUUUUUUUAAAAUAUAUAUUCUAUUAUUUUAAGUUAUUAUCUUUUAUUUAUUUCGUCUUACUUAUUUUUCACUUAUUAUUAUACUUUUAAAAAAUAUUUAUGCCGUCAACUGCUAAAGACUAUGCAAGGCAAUUAGGUAUUAUAAAAAAGUGCAGUUUAAAAGGCAGAUCGAAUCUGAGAGUAUGUUCACGUCAAAAAUUUAGUUAUUUUGUUGUUAUCGAUUUUGAGAGUACUUGUUGGAAAGAGGAGAAAUCAAUUGUUCAAGAGAUCAUUGAAUUUCCUGCUGUACUAAUAAAUUCAUCAACUGGUAAAGUGGAAUCAGAGUUCCACUAUUAUGUGCAACCGCAAGAACAUCCAAUUCUAAGUGAUUUCUGUAAAGAAUUAACAGGAAUAACGCAGGCUCAAGUAGAAAGAGGAAUACCAUUAAGACUAUGUCUCGACCUAUUUUGUAAAUGGAUGAGGAAGAUGUCAGAGGAAAAAGGAUUCGUAUUCGAUAAUCGUUUAGGGAAAAAAGCAUGCGCUUUUAUUACUUGGUCAGAUUGGGAUUUAAGCGUUUGUCUACAUAAUGAAUGUAAGAGAAAACAGAUAAGAAAACCCAUCGAAUUAAAUAGUUGGAUAGAUUUAAGAAGAGUUUUUAAGAGAUUUUAUGGGAAAACUCCCGCUGGUCUUGAAGGAGGACUAAAAUAUGUAGGUCUAGAGUUUCAAGGAAGACAGCACUCAGGUUUAGAAGAUUCGAGAAAUACUGCAAAAUUAGCAUACAAGUUAAUAUGUGAUGGCUGCGUUUUAACUCUGACAAGAGAUUCUAAAGAUAUAUGCGCUACUACUCUUACAACUAGAAUUAUUCACUCUCCGGAUGUUAGUAUUGAUAAUAACGAUGAUAAUAACAAGAAUAAUAUCAUUAGUUUAAGGGAGAAAGAAACAAACAAUACAAGAAGUACAUAUCAAUGUAUUAAUAGAAAAUUUACAGCUGUUGAUAAGAUCAGUUCACCAACUAUUAAGAAAGAUAAUAAUAAGCUCUUUGCAAUAUCCGAAAAUGAACAACGAAAGAUGAAAAAGAAAAUACUAUUGAAUCCUUUUCAAAUAAAGGAUAAUUCAAGAGAAAUUAGUAAAGAGAAUAAGGAAGAAAGUGAAAAAACUGAGAAAAUGACGAACAAUCAUGAUAAUGGUAAUGAGAAGCUGAUUACAAAAAGUCGUAUUAUUAUUAAGACUAGAAAGUUUAGUAGACCUCAAUAUGAGAUAAUUCAGGAAAAGAUUCCUAUUAAGGACGCUUCAAAAAAUCAGUUAUCGGAAUGUAAAUGGGCAUUGUCGAAGACUAGAAAGAUUAAUGAUCAAUUGAAAGAAAAAGAACAAUUGGGUAAAGCGUCUACACCUCAAAGAACAAAUGGAACAAGUAAUCAGUCCAACGAAUUCAAAACGCCGAAUAGUAUUGUUUUAAAUACAUCGAAAAAUAAGAGUAAAAUGUUAAAAACGCCACCGAUGUGCCAAUGUGGGCGAAGAAGUAAACGUAAGUGCGUUCAAACACCCGGUCCAAAUAUGGGAAGGAAUUUUUAUACCUGUUCCUACGGAAGAAGAAGUUCAGGAUCUGGUGAAGGUUGUAGUUUUUUUUCGUGGGAAGGAGAAGAUAAAUCUGCUACAAACUUAAAAUCGGAUUCAACUUACAGUUAUUCGAUAAGAGAGGAAUAUAUGUCUCCAGAAAUGAAGAGGGCAAAAAUGAAUUUAUCAUCCGAGACGGUUGAUACAAACAGAAAGGAGAAGAUUAUCGAAAAGAACCAAGAGAAUGUUUUUAAACCAGUAUUAGUUUACUCUGCAAAAAAUCAAUUAAAGAAUCCUCCUCCCACUCCCUCGUGCGACGGAGAUGUCUGUACUUGUUCACAAGCAGAUUAUGAUCCAAUAGAUAACAAAUGCUUGAAAGGGGUUGAGUUGGGUCAAUCUUGUAACGAAGACAAUCUUUAUUGUCUGGAUAUAAACAGCCAUUGUUUAACCACUUGUCAAUGUAAAGCUGGUUUUGAGAACGUUGGAGAAGUUUGCCAAAUAAGACUUCAUACUGGGAGUGAUCUUGCUCAACAAUUCAGUGGUGGGGUUCAGCCGACAACCGAACGAAAUACAAUUUUCCUUCUCGAAAAUUCUGUUAUAAAGGCUAGCGGAACACUUUUGCAGUAUCAGUAUAAGCCUAGCUCAGAGGGUUCUUUCACAAUACAAAUAUGGAGGCUAAUGAAAGUUAUCGCUGAAUCAAACUUUUAUUAUAAGCUGAUACAUGAGAAUGAAUUAGUGGUAUCCAAUCAACAAUUAAACUCAAUCUCUAGUUUUACCUUAGCAACACCUAUAAGGGUUGAAGCAAAUGAUAUAAUUGGCUAUAAGACGGUAGAAAGUGCAAACAUCGGAAAUGUUUUAUCUUAUAUUUCAACUGCCUGCCAAUCGGAUACUGAGCGCGGUCAAUUAUUAGCCAACUAUCAAAGUUUAUCACCAAAUUCAGUUUUAAAAUUUACUAAAAGACAAGAUUCGUCAGAUUGCCAAAUAAGAAAAUAUCCAAUAAACGCAAAAAUCCGACCAGACGAUCCUAUUCAUAGGGGAUGUGUUAAGAGUAGAACAAGUGACGAAGAUAUGUCGAUUUUAGUACAGAGUUCUAAAUUAUCAGUUGACCAAUGCUCCCAUUACUGCUGGAAUCUGGGAUAUCUCUACUCCGAAUUGAAAUACCCGAAUAUGUGUAGAUGCGGUCCAUUCUUUGGUACUAAAGAUGAUGAUUCAGUCUUCGCCGCUAACAUACGCUGUUCUUCAUCUUGCACUAGAAUCGGUUCAAAUAGCAACUGGAAAUGUGGAGCCAGUUCAUACGCUUCAGUCUAUCAAUUUCCAUCAACAUUUAUCAAUCAAAAGAUUGAUUCGCUAUUCAAUUCCGCAACUGAAUUCUAUUAUGGUAUAAACGCCACUAUUAAACAGCCGCAAGGUUCUGAGAUUUGCAAAGAGGUUGGCGGUACUUUAGUAGGUGAUCCUACUUUUCUAAAUCAAAAUGGAGGAAGUAACAUAUAUGUUACUGGAAUUAUGAAAAUAUAUGACUUACCAUCGGCCAAUGGUCAAGAAUCAAUCCAAUUACUUAUGAACGAAAAAGGGAACGUUGUGAAUAAGGAUAAUAUUGAAUUUUUACCUAAUAGACCAGAUAAUGUACAAGGAAUAGAGAAUUGUUUAACUUUCCGAGGUAAUAGCAAAUAUGAAGAUAAUAGAUGCGAUGAGAGUUCCGGACGUUUACUUUGUAUAUUUGACAAAUAUCCAUUUGAUAAUUCAUUCGAUACAACUCAAGAGAUAACCUUAUCAUUCGAUAAUGAAAUUAAUACAAAGUGGGCUCAAACUGGCGGAGUAAUUUCCUAUGUUGAAGGCGUUAUUAACAAAGCUAUAUCUAUAACGAAUAACGCAUACAUUGAUAUAUUAUACAAUCGUUUGAGUUGUUUUGAUCUUCCGGCUCAAUGCCAAUCAGGAUUCUCGUUUAUGUUUUUCAUGAAAUUACUAUCCACAAAAGAUCAAAUAAUAUUUGGAUUAAGUUCAGAUACCGGAAAUAUGAAAACAAUAAAACUGCUAUACAUCAGCCAACAAUUGAAAUUAUCUUAUCCAACAGUCGGAAAUCUGGAGACAACUAUAUCAUUAAUAUCAAGCACGGAUUUCACUGCUUGGAAUCAUUUGGCAAUCAUUCAGAGUAUCAAUGGACAAACAAUAAUAUGGAAAGUGUACGUUAAUGGGGAACUCUUGCAAACAGUAAAUAUAGGAUUGGUCGAAAUGACAAAUUUUAUAGGUAUUAGAUACGGUAGAUCUAUUAAUGACCAAAACCUUCAAUAUAAUUCUGAUAUCUAUUUGGACGAGUUAAAAAUAUCAAAUAGAUUACUUCUUGACGAUAAUAUCUAUAGAGAAUACGAAAAAGCUGCUUUAAAAUUAAACAAUGAAAUGACUUUUAAAGUAUCAAAAGAACUGUUGGAAUUAAAUAAUAGAAAUGUUGAAAUUUCACUUGGUAUUCAAGAUAUUGGCUAUAAAUUUAAUAGUAUUCAAUCCGGUUUAAAAGCUCAAAUAGCAAGUGUCUGCAAUUCAUUAUGUACUAAUGGUUUUACUUUAUCAAUUUGGUUGAGGAUAAGACAACCAAUAUCCAAUUAUAAUAUAUUAAAAAAUGAAGGCAAUGGAUUUCAAUUAAAAUAUUUAGUAUCAAGUAAUAAGUUUCAAUUAAAGAAUAAAAUCGGAAAUUUUAUAACAAAUGCAGAAUUUUCACUUCCAUUUGAUAGUUGGUUUCACUUGGCUUGGAAAUCUCAUAGACAAUUUGGAACAUAUGUCUUCCUGAAUUCAAAACAAAUUAAGAAUGUUCAAUUUGUACAAGAUCAAUCCAAUACACCGUCUACUUCCGAUACAACAAACUUUAAUAGUUUAGUUAUUGGAGAAGAAACUAGUAGUAGAUGUCAACAAGGUUGGGAAAAGUAUGGUGAAAAAUGUCUUUAUGUUUCAAAGACGAAAUUUAAUUAUAAAAGAGCAGAGAUUUUUUGUAAACACAAAGAGUCUAUACUGCUCAGAAUAUCUAGUUUGGAGGAACAUAAAUUCGUGAAAUCUCUUAUGAUACUGAAAGGUAUUUCACAUAUAUGGUUUGGUUUAACUGUAAGUGGUCCUGAUAAUAAUACAUGGACUUAUGAUGGUAUAAAACCUAAUUAUAUUCCUCCUGAUCGAAAUCCAUCUAUGGAUGAACGUUAUGGAAAAUUAUCAAAAUCAGAUACGGAUCUACACGAUUCUGACUAUAAAGAUAGUUAUCAUAUUAUUUGUGAAAAGCCUCUUUCUAUUAAGCCUACAAAUGAUAGAGAUGAAGCUUUACCCAAUUGGAAACACUUUAAUGGAUUCUUUUAUUAUAUUUCAACAUUUUCAUCGUCUAGAAUGGAAGCUAUUGAAAAAUGUAACAACUAUUCGUCCAAUCUUGUUUCCAUACUCUUCGAGAGAGAAUAUGAAUAUUUAAAUAAUCAAUUAAAAGGUAAAGGAUCUUUCUUUAUUGGUAUGGACUUUAAUGCUAACGCUAACAAGUACUUUUGGAAAGAUGGUAGUCCAGUUACUGCUGAGAAUAUUAAUUAUAUAAACUUGGAAGGUUCAAAUGGACCAAAUAUUCUACUGGAAUGUAACUCUGGACAAAAUUGCUCUAUUGUUAAAAGCUCAUUAGAACAAGCACGAUUUAUUUGUAAAAGAAAAGAAAGAGUAUUAAAUAGAGGUGGUUGUAACUUUGGAGAUUAUUCUUUCAAUGGACGAUGUCUAUCAGUUAUUCAAGAAGCUGGAAAAUAUUAUGAUAUUGUUAAAAAAUGUAAUUUAUUGGGUGGUGAAGCUGUUUCUCUGACUAAUCAGGAAGAUGUUCCGGCUCUCGAAUCUAUUAUGAUCGCUCUUAAUCAAAACGGAAAGUCAUUCUAUAUCGGAGGUCAUAGAACUGUUUCAGGAGGUGAUUACUACUGGAUAACUGGCGAGAUUGUAACAUCUAUAAAUCUAAGAGAUGAGGGUUCCUCACCGUCUUUCUGUAGCAUAGCUAAAUUAUCCAAUGACAAUACUAUGUACAUGGAAAGCUUAUGUAAUAAUGAAGAUGGAUUAUUAUGCGAAUACGAUGCUGGAACGGUUAUGGAAAUGGACGACCUUAGACUUUAUUCUUCAGCUUUACCCGAUACAGAUAUCACCAACAUCUAUAAGGAACAAAAUGCCAACUUGAAAAUAUUAAAAAUACCUUGCAGUACAAAGUUGACGGAUAAUACGGUCAGAGGUCAAAAGAUAAGUGGAUCUGGAAAAAGUUAUAUAGAUAUUGCAGCUACGUCAAAGUUAAUUUACGAUUCAUCUAUAAUGAAGGAUGUUCUAGAUAUUAAAGAUAGUGAAUUUAUUAAAUAUACUAUUGAUUCAAAUUGGAAUGCUUGUUUGAUGAGUUUAAGCAGUUGUCUUGGUGGUUUUUCAAUUGGUUUUUGGGUCAAAUUUAUGGGAAAUAAACCACUGUUUCAAUUGUUAUCCAUUAGAAAUCAACUAACAAUUUCUGUUGAGACCACUCUAAAUAUUAAAUAUCUAAAUUUGGUUAUUAAUGAAUUGAAUAUAAAUGAAAAAGCUUUUCUUCCAACUGUAAACGAUUGGUUCUAUCUAUCAAUUGCUUAUCACUUAAAUCAUGGAUUGGAUGUUUAUGCUAAUACGCAUAAGAUUUUAUCAAGUCCUACUCCAGUAGCUUCAGCGGGUGCAUUCGCCCCAGGAGCUUAUUUACAAAUUGGCGGAGAACUACCAAUGAGACUAAGAGAUUUUAUGUUUCAAACAAACUUUUGGAAUGAAAAGAUAAUUUUUGAUGAAGUUUAUUCAUUAAAACGAUUAUGGAAUGAGAACUUUAAUAGUCAACUCGCAGGUAGUUCAGCAGUAUUGGAAGAACAUAAUCUAAUAUUUGGAAAGUCUUUAAGAAUGUCCCCAAGUGAUCAGAGUUAUAUUAUAACUACAGACCAAUAUGCUAAUUGUUUAACGAACUUUGAUAAUUGCCAGAAUGGAAUAACAAUAUCUUUCUUUAUGUUUUGGAAGGAGUUUACUCAAACAUUCCUUAGAUUCUAUAUAAAUAAAGGAAAUAAUAACUUCUUACUGAGUAUUAUUGGAACAGGAAACAAUUUCAAAUUAACUAUUCCUGGUCGAAUGGCGUCUAUUAAUAUACCAAGUAGUAUUAGCAAACUUAAAUGGUAUCUCUACGUCUUUACAAUCGAUUUUAAAACGAAUACUUUCCUGUUAUACAUCGAUGGGAUUAGAUACGAAAUGACUUCAGUAUUUUCUGAUCAUUCAUUCGAUCCAACACAUUUUAGUCAAAUUCAAAUUUCACCUCCUGAGGAAAGUCUACUAAUUGAUGAAUUAAGAAUUCAUAACAAUAUCGUUGGUGAUUGGAGUUACGCUAUUCCUUUUAAAUCAUGCUAUGAAUACUACGAGAAUGGAAUACUAACUAAUGGUGAUUAUUACAUAGAUCCAGAUGGUAUAGAGAGUCCUUCACAACCAGUACUUGUCACUUGCGAAAUGGACAAUAAUAGGGUUCAAAGUCAAUUUGCGCAUGACAGGAAUGCUAAAUUAUUUAUUAAUCCAUCUGUAAUGCAAGUGGACAAUGAAGGAAACGCAAAAAUUUUAUUAAAUUAUCAACUGGAUACUAAAGUUUUAAGAGAAAUUAUUAAAUCUUCUGUUCAAUGUUAUCAACAGCUAACUUUUGAAUGUUCAGGAACUCAGAAUCCUGUAAGAAUGAUGAGACAGUCUAUUGAAGAAACUACUAUCGAUUUUUGGAAGUCAACUCCAAAAGAAACGUCAACAAUUCAAUGUUCAACUGGUCAAAAUUUCAUUCAGAAUACAGUUUUAAAAGCAAAAGAUCAACUACCUAUAACAUCGGUAGUUAUACAAGGAAUUGAAUCAAAUUCAGGCGAACAAAUAUGGUCUGUUGGACCCUUAGUUUGUCAAGGACCUGAUAAAAGAGGCAUUAAAUUUGCCUUUAAUAAACCAGACUUUAGUAAUAUAAUAACUGAAGAGGGAAUGCAAAUAUCAUCUGGACAAUCGGAUGGACUAAUUCAAACUUAUACAUCUGAAUCUAUCAAUAAAGAUGUACUACUUGUUAUUGGAAAAGAAAUUACCAUAGAAGGAUGGAUUUCAAUAGGUGUUCUAUGGAAAAACGUUGAUACAGAAACGGCGAAAGUUUAUUUAAAUGGUUUUGAAUUGGCAACGACCCCUUCUUCUAUAAGUAUUGAUAGAAGUUCAAAUGAGAAGGUUGUCAUUGGUUCAGCUAGUUCAAUUAAAAAUCAAAUACUAAUUGAAUCAUUAAUUCUAUACGAAACUUUUGUUGAAAAAUCAAAAUAUGAGGAAAAAUUUCCAAGAUUUCAACUAAAUUACAACUUUUUUAUGGACAGAGUUGUUGAGAUAAGAGGUCAAAGUAACUAUAUUGUUCCAUCGAAAGAUAAUAAAGACCCUUACUUUACUAUAAUAACCGAUAAUCCAAUGUCUCUUAUGGCUAAAUUAGAUAACAAUAUAAAUGGCAUAAAAUUAACUGAUGGAGCGUUAACGGCAUAUUUUUAUAAGGAAUGUAUAGUUAAUUUAGAAGCUUGUAAUCGUGGCUUUAGUUUAGGAUUUUGGUUCAUUACAAAUUUCAGAGCGAAUAGAAAGAUAACUGUUCUAAACUUUGGCAGUAACUUUAAAAUAAGUAUCAUCUUUGAAACAACCACAAAAAUAGAAGUUGCAUUAACAGAGAAUGACGGUUCAAAUAUAAUCAAAAUGGCUCCUAUAAGUUUUAGCCAUUGGUCACAUAUUGGAGUUGUGUAUGAUAAAUCAAUGAAUGGAGCAGUAAGACUCUAUGUAAAUGGUGAAAAUAUUGUAUCUAGCUCAACGGGCAGGAGGAAAAGGUCAGCGUCUUCCAAUUCACAACAAAACAUUCCUAGCGAAGUAGUUAUAGGAUCAAAGGAGUCUUCUACUAGAAUGCCAUUUAUAAUUGAUGAUGUAAUAUUUAAAGAUGACAUCGUAGACUUCAAUGAAGUCUAUAAUUCUCCAGGAUUUCAACGGUCCAGUUCCUCGAGUACAUCUUCUACAAGUGGAUUCAUUAGAAGAAUUCUAUUUAACGAAUUUGAAGAAUCUUCACAAACUAUUCCGUUAUAUCCUAAACCAGCAAGUGGCUCGUUACCGAAUGGAGCUGUUAAAACAAAUGACUAUAUCUCGUUGAACGGUGAAAAUCAAUACAUUAGCACAACGACAUCGUGGAAUUCUGAUUGUAUAACAAAUCCUUCGACUUGUGGUAACGGAUUUGCAUUAGCUUUUGAAUUUAAAUUUGAUGAAAUAACUAGCCAAGAUCAAUAUUUUCUAACAUUGGGAAGUUCUGGUAUUAAUGAAAAUGGUCUAGUUUUUGGCUUUUUACCAACUGAUGAUACGCUACCAUUUAGAAGGCAUUUUACUAUAAUAUAUAAAGAUCGUUAUAAAAAGCAUUCGAUAUGGUUUGAUGGUGAAAAAGAUACUUGGUAUAAUAUGUUUAUAUCAAAAAGUAGCUCUAUCUCUUCGGGAUUAACGGUUUUUCUAAACGAUCAAAAAUUAACGAAAAAUAUCUUAACCGAAAAUCUACAAGGUUCACAGACCGAAAUACGAAGUUGCAUUAUUGGUAAACAUGAUAAGGAAAACAAGAAUUUUGCAAAGAUAUCGAUAAGAACAUUUACGUUUUGGUCUCAUAGCGCAGACCAUCCAUGGGACAAUAACAUUUGGCUUUCUAUAAGCUUAACAAAAUUAACUGAAUAUUUUGCUUACUUUCCAAUGUCUGGAGGAAAACGAUGUCAGGACAUGUGUAAGAACAACGACGCUUGUCUAUCAUUUAGUAUAAGAGGCAUCCACUGUUAUCUAUCAACUAAGACACGAACUCAGCUGACAGCCUUAACAUCUAGUCAGACUAAUAGCAAUUUUGUCGAAAGACUAUACCAUUAUUUACCAGAUGAAAAAUGCCAAAGUAAAACUGGAUUCGUUGCUAAACUCUACGGUUCAAAAUGUUUGCAAUUCUCCCAAUCAACUAAAUCUUUUACCGAAGCCAAAUCAAGUUGUGAGAGUUUAACUGGUAAACCUUAUAAACUAUUUAAGAUAGACGAUGAACAAAUCUCUUGGUUUAACUCAAAUGAAGACAGUUCACAGUCGACCUUUUUCACUGGUUAUACUUUGGAAGAUUACGAUAAAUUGACCUAUAACAACUGGGCACCGAAGCAGCCAGACUAUUUUAGACAGAAUUCGGCCAAUUGUGUACCGAUUUUUGGAGGGAAAACUGCUUCCUGGUCAAUGAACGAUUGUAAUAACAACGAAAAGUCAUAUUAUAUAUGCUCCACUAAUCUGUAUCCAAUUAGCUACAAGGGUUGUUUUAGUGAGAGUCUCUUUUCAAAUACUGUUAUUGCGAGUAUAAGCAAUGUUACCGUGGAAAAGUGCGCCGAAGAAUGUAAAACCCUACCAGAAAUGCGUUACGCCCUUUUAAAAAAUGGAAAUAUUUGUAAAUGCCUAAAGUUUUUCGAUAUUACAACUAUAUAUAAUUCAAGACACUGUAUGAUACCUUGCGAAGGUGACAUCGAACGUUAUUGCGGUGGUCAAUCGUCAUUCGACGUCUAUCAGAUUGACUAUACAACCUCCAUUAGCGUUACUGGCGUAGACGAUUUCAAUGCGAUUAUCCUACCUUCAACGAUACUGAAAACUGGACAAAUUAUAUCCAUAGAAAUUAAUACUGACGUAACUGAUAAAGCAGGUUUCUAUUUUAGUUUUUCGGAUGGUACUAAGAAACCGUGGUCGUUGGUAAAUAAGACAGAGCACGAAUUUACAUCACCAGGCGUCUAUUACGUAGACGUCAGUGUCAAGAAUGAACUAAGCUACUUGAACAAGACCUAUACGAUAAUAGUUCAAGAUGCUAUCGAAAAUCUCGAGAUACAAUCGGACGAUAGGAUAAAGUUUUCACAAGAAUAUUCUAUAGAUUUAUCGUUUACGAAAGGAACAAAUGUUACUUGUAAAAUAACAGAUGAAAAAGAGAUAACUAUUAACCGUUUUUUCCCUACUCAUAUCUCUCAAGAGAAAAUAGUAAUUCCUUUCUCAAAGGUCAAUAAUUAUACUAUGAAUAUUACCUGUUCCAAUUUACUAAAUGCUGUUUCAAAAGAAAUAAGCGUUAUUGUACAAGAAGAGAUUAGAGAUUUAACUUUAAGUGUGAAACCUGAUAAGGCUCCAUUUGGUAAAACUAUACUUAUUAUUUGGAGUAUUGGCAAAGGCACUCUCGUCUCCUUUGUAGGCCUAUUAGAUAAUAAAAUAGUGCCUAUUGAUUAUGUUCAUGGUCAAUUAUCUGGUAGUUAUAAGACAUCAACAACACCUAUUGGCAAUCAUACAUUUAUGUUACAAGCUUCUAAUCUUGUUUCUGGACCUUUAAAUAAGACAGUUAAAUUUCAAAUAACGAAUGGCAUAUCAGACAUGAAAUUAAGAGUUAAUUCUCAAAUAAUAAGAACAGGGUAUGAAACUAUAGCAACAGUUUUUCUCUCAAAAGGUUCCUUGUUUACAACAAAGAUAUGGUACGGUGACGGUACAGUUGAAACUCAUCAAACAAAUGAUGAAAUACAAAAUUUUGAGAGAGUUUUCAAAUAUAAAUACAAACAACCAGGCGUUUAUUUAUUAGUUGUUCAAGUAACAAAUGGUUUAAACUCAUUUACUGAAAAUUCAACAAUUUACGUUCUCAACACCGUAAAAUUCAUUACAGUCGCCACUCAAAAUGUUUCUGCUAGCGAGGAAGCUGUAUUCUUUAAUUUCCUAUCCUAUAAAAACAAUCCAAAACCAACUAACGCAACUAUGACAAUAGAUUUUGGAGAUGGCGAAAAAUUUAAGACUAUUGAUGUUAAUAACAUAAUAUUUCCCUAUUACGAAAGAUACCGAUACCUAAGGGAAGGAUUUUAUCGACUUCAAGUAAACAUAAGCAAUAAAUUAGAUGACAAUACUUUUACAAGAGAUGUUCAAGUUGGUCACCAAAUUAAAGGAUUAACCUUAACUGCUCCAAAGACCACUGUUGCGACUAACGUACCAUUAGUAUUAACAGCCGAUAUGGUUAAGGGAACAAAGUGUCGUUAUUCGUUUAGUUUUGGUGAUGGAGAAAGUUAUAUUGACCAGAAAUUAAGAACUGCGCCAUUCGCUGAGAAAUUCUUGUCUCAUUCUUGGAAGAAGGAAGGAUCAUUCGAUAUUUUAUUAAAUGCUACAAACAUGUUUGGACAAAAAUCAUCUAAAUUAACAAUUAUUGUACAAGAACCUAUUCUAGGCUUACAACUUACAAACAACGGACCACAAAUUCCUGAUAAACCAGUAAAUUUUGUACUAACGAUAUCAGAAAUUGGUACAAACAGCUGUUUUAAAUGGGAAUUUGGUGAUGGUAAAGAAUUUUUGUUCGGCUAUCCACUUUGUCCAGAUAAGAAUUCAAACUCAAAUUUCUUAGUUAUUGAAUCGUCUGUCUUGAAAAUAUCACAUAAUUAUACAACUUCCGGUUUGUAUAAAGCGACAGUAACUGGAUGGAAUAGCGUUUCAAAUACUAAAGCUUCGUCGGAGGUAGCUAUAGAUAAAGUAUUAUGCAAUAUACCGGAAGUUGAUUUGCAAAAUACCGGUAAAAUAAUUAAAGAGGCUAAUGAAGUUUACCGUUCCGAGAUCGUACAGAUAAGUUCUACUGUACAAAUGCAGUGUAAUCCACCGAAAAAAGCUGUAAAUACUUGGUCUCUCUAUCAAGUAAGCUUUUAUUUUAAUGGCACUGAAAAAUUAACUAGAAUUCAAAUCCCACCUCAAAUAAAUCAAAUGUCAUUAAAAUUGCCAAAACGAUAUUUAGCUUUGGGAAUAUAUAAGGUAGUUGUUACCGUUAAUCCCGAAGGUUUAAAAACUAUAUCUAAAGAAGCUUGCGGUUACUUUUUAAUUGUAUCUUCACCUCUACUACCAAAUAUGGAAGGAGGAAGCAGAAGAACAGCACCUAAUAAUAGAGAUCUUUCAUUAGAUGCCUCUAAAUCUUACGAUCCAGAUGUAGAUAAUCCAGCAUUCUCAGAAUUAAGCUAUAACUGGUAUUGUAGACUUGAACACGAAAAAUUUGCUAGAGAUUCAAAUGAAAAGUUAAUAGACACUGCGACACAAGCUGGUUCAGGUGGGUGCUUUGGCGAUGGACCAGGAAAAUUAACAUAUUCGACAGCCAAAGCCGUCGUAGAUAACAGACUAUUAAAAUAUGGUCAUAUUUAUGUAUUUAAACUUGUAAUCUACAAAGAUGAUCGAUUGGCCGAAUAUGAUCAAACUGUUGAAAUAAUUGGCGGUCAAAAUCAAAAAUUAUCAAUAGAAUGUAAGUCGAAUUGUAUGAGAAAAGUGGAUGCGAGUCAAAGUUUAAAAGUGAUUGGAAAAUGUGAUUCGUGCGAUAUGGCUAAACAACAUGCUUUAACUUAUUCGUGGUCUCUAUACGAACAAGAGGAUAACACAGAAAAGUUUAAUUUAGUUAAAGAAUUUCAAGAUCUAACGAAUUCAGGUGUUACAAAGAGAUUUCUAGUCCUUAAGGAAAACGUUCUGACCUUCGGUAAAAGUUAUAGGUUAAGAUUUGGAAAUUUGGAGGCAUAUAGCGAAUACGAUUUUAGCGUUAAUUACCCGCCUUAUAACGGUCAUUGUGCCAGUAAUAUUCCUAUAGGAUUCGCUUUGGAAACAUAUUUUAUCUUUAAAUGUGAAAAAUGGUUGGACGAAGGUCCCAGACAAAAACGAGAUCCUAUAAUGGAUGCGAAACAGCCGGUUACGUUGUCUUACAUCUUCCAAUAUGCUGUUCGAGGUCGGGAUACUACGCCUAUACUGCUUUUUGAAUAUACAGGACCAAAGCCUGAAACUAGAAAGAUUCAAAUGCCUCAAGGAGAAGAGAUGCACGAUAAUCUUAUCGAUAUUUUUGUUACAAUAAGGGAUAAGCAGAACACAGCCGCUCAAGUACAAUUUAAGAUACAAGUUCUUCCGAGUAGAAGAACUGCUAAAGAAAUACAAAAUUCUACCGCAUUGGAGAAACUCGAAGCCGACGGAGAUCUCGUCGGAGUGUUUAGAUUCUACGGUCAAAUAUCUGAACUUCGAACCAAGAUACGCAGAGAUUGUUAUAUGUUAUCUUACCCUAUAAAAAAUAUUUAG